AUGACUGUUCACGAUAAACUCGGAAGAACAAAUAAUUGUAAUGAACAACUUGGCAUCAUUUUGGAGAAUGGUCUACAGUUGUUUGAGUUAAUAGAUUGUGCUCCAGAUCAGUAUCGGUGUUAUUGUGGAAAUCCACGAUGUAUCAGCCGUAGCUUUGUUGGCGAUGGAAUCAGGGAUUGUUUUGAAGGUUCCGAUGAAGAUCUAUCCGGAAAUCACAAGAAUUACAUCUGUUCAGAAAACAAUCAACUCUUCUUGGCUCCCGAAAGAAUAAAGAGACAAACAGCUAGUAAAGAUACAGGAAAGUUUACUAUUGCUAUUUCCACACUGACUCGUACAGAUGACGCGGGCCAGGACCAGCCUAGUGGGCUGCAGGGCGGGAUAGAAGCAACAACAAAUAAUACGACUGAGGUAUACGAUGUUUUUGAGGAAGAUUCUCAGACCACCAGGACUCAACAAACUUCAACAACCAAGUCUCCGGAUUUUAUUCCUAGUGCCAAUCAAGAAAUGUCUAGAGCAACAGCAGGAGGUUUUAGAACUUUCAACGUAAAUCCCACAAAGGUCAUUUAUUCUUUCAGUACUAUUACCCAGUAUGGAACGACAACAGUUGAUACUAAUCAAGUACAUGGAAGAUAUAUAGACGGAACAUUUUCUCAUGUUGUCAACAGUUAUUCUUCGGUUCUUAGGCCAACCCCUUCGCAUACAACCCUUGACGGAUUACAUUCUACAAGUCCACUGUACAAGGUUAGCAGGGAAACCCAAAUGUUUGGUUCUCUAACCUCCGGUAAGGUUUACCAGACAGCGGUAAAACUUUCUUCUCGUAAAUCAAUGGAUUAUCCAGGUAAUAGAGACACGUUGUCAACUCCAUUGUUCAACAAAUCUCACGUUCAUAUUGGUGUUAUGGAUCAAAAUAGACAGAGGGACAGUGUUCGGCAGACUGAGCCACUUAAACGUUCGAAGUUUGAAGAAGUCAACGUCUUACCAAGCUUUUCCAUCACGAGUUCAUUUCAGCAAGUUUUUACCAAGUCCUUAUUGGAAAUCACAAACAAUAAUAGCGGAACUUCAGAGUUUGAGAUGAAAAGAAAAUAUCCCAACAGCGUCGAUCAGAUUAACACCGAUAAUCAGGUGAUUAUAACAUCCGCCCCUGAAAGAGCUUCACUUUCCACUCGUACAUUUGUUGAUGACGACGAAACACCAGAAGUUGACGUUUCUAGUUACAGACAUUUUCUAGAAGAUACUACUUCAAAAACUCCAGAUAUAGGCAGUAAUACUUUUUUGCAUUCCACGAUUGUUCCUGGAAAAUAUAGUAAGAUAUUAUUAUCAAAGAAAGAAUAUUAUUCAAAAGACCAAGAGGUGAAUUUUAAUUUCAAAGAUGAUGAAGAAGUUAUUAUUAUGAGUUCAGCUGAACAAUCUGAGGUUAUUCCUUCUGCUACCAGUAGAAUAUCAUCCACAAAUUCUGUGAAAGAUAUCAAUAAAAGUAUGCUUUCAGAAAAAUCUGAAAUAGGGAAAGAAAAUAGGAUGCAUAAUAUGCCAAUUUAUGAAAUCGAAAAAGUGAUACCACGUGAAGCUAAUCGUGUACUUCCUGAAUUUACCGGUGUUAGUACAUUAAGAGUUACUUCCAAUGGAAACUCGAAGACGACAGGCUACACUGCUUAUAAAGAACCACUAGGAACUGUGUUAGAUACGGCAGGGGCUAAAACAGUAGGAAAAAUUGGAACAAUUAUGCCCACCAAUGCUGAAGGAGCCACUGCAUACCCAGAAGAAUUCUCAAAGUCCUCUAACGUUGGGUUAAACAGAGAAGGAAGAAGGUUAAACAUAUUUACUAAUCCAACUGGAAGAAAAUCUGGGUUAGAGGGUGGCCGUGUUAUUAUUACUGAUAGAUUUUACUUACCUCCUACCUUUGGAGAUGGUGAUCAGAGUUAUCACGAUGAUGAUUCUGAAGCGCUACCUGAAGAUCUCUACUAUCAAAGAUAUCCGGCCACAAGAGUUGAGCCGUCUUACACUAGUAGUAACCUAAAGGAAUAUUUAUUACUACCAUCUUUAAUUCAGCCACAUAAUGAAAACAAAGAUAUGAGAGUGACAAAAACCAUCAGUCAGUUUGGUCCAAUAUUUGAUCCUCUGCUUGGAGCAGAUACUGAUGGAAGUAUAGAGGAAGAAAACAUUCAUCCUACUUAUCCCUAUUAUCACGCUAAGCCUGAAAAAGAUGAAAGCUUCACUGCUAGGAGAAGAAAUACAGUUCCGAUAAUACAAUCAAAAGUUACUUUGUAUGGGUUUCUUGAAUUUUCUACUAUAAUUUCUGGGACAGAAGUUAUUUUUCUUCCAACAGUUACCGAGGGAACAAAAACUUUAGGCUUUAAGCAUGCAAGUCGAAUUGCAAACACUGGCCCACAGUAUAUACCUAAGGAAUCAAAAGAUAGAACUUUAGUGGUCCAUAGUUCUGAUCCAAUAUUUGGCACACAUACAAGGCAGUUUAUAUCUCAACGAUCUAUGUCAACUUCGACUUAUAGCGGGGCAGUUGACAUGAUGAAAACUGUGUCAACAUCAACUAUAAUGACGAAAACAAUGAAAACACAGAAACCGAGACAACAAAAGAAUUUAAAACAUACUCUCGAAACAUCAUAUGUUACGGAAACAAUUCCAGUCUUACAAACUACGAUGUUUCUAACUAGUCUGGGAAGCAUUGACGCUUUCGACACUAAGGAAUCCGCGAACAAAACUCGUCAAAGUGAAACACAAAGAAAUAGCGAAAGAAAGGAGGUUGAUGACAUCAAGCUGUAUGCUACCUCACGUUAUACUGUAUUGGAUGAUAACGUUCACUCUUCUACUGUAAUAGCUCAUCCAACAGGUUUGAUUACGUCACUUGUGGGUACAGAUGUAAUUGACAGUACAACCAUUCAGUGGAAAUCGUUUAUCUUUGGGACUUAUAUUAAGGGAACUUAUGCUCAUUUAAUACAAAGUACAUCCAGUAUUUUUAUAACGCUGCAGCAGACUAAACCCAUUGAUUCUGACCUUUCACUGAGGAAAGAAGACAAUUGGCUUUCCAUUAAUCAAAACAAAAAGAAUAGAUUCAAUUCCGAAAGUGAAAAUAAAUUACAAAAACAUUCAGUUUCCGAACAAAGAAGAACCUACUUUGAAAAUAUGAAGUCAGAAGGAUACAGUAAUGAUUACGGUGAUGCUGAAACUGUUGAGCAAAUGUUUCAAAAAAAUAUUAAAAUAAACCCCAAAAUGAUAGACGAUGACGAAAAUGUCAUAAUAACCAUUGGAAACCAUGUAAGUGAAGAUAUUUUGACGAGAAGCUUUCAAAAGUCAUUUAUCUCAAAGGUUUCGUCUCGAAAAGAAUCUAAUUUCGUUACGCCUUCACUGUCAUUGUUAUCUGAAUAUGCAAGUGUUAGUGUUAUGGAUGGUACAUUUCAAGGUAAGAGAAUCCCUGAUGAUGGUGGUGUGGAGACCUUGCUGUCAUCUUCCAGAGUAGAUGAUAACGUAGUGACUAGUGAGUUGAUGCCAAGUUAUACUUCUGUUAAUUCUGUGUAUUAUUACUCUUUCCAAAACCCCGCAAUAGAUUCUAGCCUUAAUGAAAACACUUUAGAAAGUAUCUCAAGACAUGCAACUCCAAACCUUAAUAGAGAAUCAGGUGACAUUGGUUUUAAUCCUACAACGUAUUCGAGUACUGCGGAGUUUUUGGAGGAAACAAAAGAAACUAGUAAUUUCAUAGCUUCUUAUUUCAAUUCACUUGAGACAGAAGGCAUAGAACUGGAUUCAAUGAAGUUUGUCCAACAAGGCACUCAAACAACUUCUGCAAAUAUCUCUAAACACCAGGAAUUAAAUUUUUCGAACUCCGCAACACUGUUCAAACACGUUCCGUCAAAAAUAUUGAAAACUUUUGAAAUCAAAUCUAUUGAAAGUUUUCGCUCUCAACCAGGUAAAAUUUUAGCUCCAUCGAAAAAAGAGACUGGAGAUGUCCCUUCUGUGCAAGAAGACUUAAGAAAACAUAUCCUUAAUAGUAAAACUGGUAAAACAACUUACUACACAACAUACACUUACUUUACAACUUCUCAGGGAAAUGGAGAUACAUCGGUUUGGACUAGGAAGGAAACUGUCACAAAUAUAGUAACAAUUAGUGAGGAAACUUCAGUAAUUCCCACUAUCAUUACAUCCACUUCAGAUGUUGAAACAUUAUAUACAACAUUUACAUAUUUUCCAACGAUUUCAGCAGACGGGUCAACAGUUAUAUCAAGUAGUUUUAAUACAGUUACAAAUAUAAAAACGAUACAUUCUACAGCAGGUAAUCAGCUUGAAACACAGUCACAACUUAUUCAUGAAAUAAUGCCAUCUUCUAGCGAAACUGUAACGACCAUGACAUCUUACAUUACACUGUUUAAGAAUAAUUCUUCUGUAAUUACCACACUUUUUAAUGUUGUACCACUGUUUCCAACCAAAUCAGUUAUGAAAAAUCCUGAUCCCAACGAAAUAAUAGAGAAGAGUACAAAGUCAGAGGAAUUUGUAAUCACUAGUGUAAAACCUUUCUAUACAACAUACACGUUUUUCACGACAUUUUUCAUUGGUGGGACACAGUCUCUGUCCACUCAUGAAGAGACAGUAACAAGGUACAGCACUGUUUCCAUUUCAGCAAAGCCAACAUCGUCCAUAAACAGUCCUACAACCAAGAUAAGCGGAACCUUUAGUUCUCAGUGGGUGGAAAAUCAUAAAGGAAUUUCCUCAACUGCCCCUCUUGUCACUUACACAAUUUUCACUACUCUUUUUGCAAAUGGGAGCUCCAUAGUUAUGUCUAACACAAUAGUUAGUAAAGACAAUACAGCAAGAAACCAUAGCCAACAUAACAGCAAAGACCUUUUAAAGUCAGAAAAUAAUGUAAAUUUAGAAAUAAGUGGUGUAGCUACAACAGAACCAUACCAAACAAGUAGCUUAUCAAGUGUAACAGGUUUCAUGGAAGAGAUAGAAAAAGAAGGACAAAUUAGUUCUGAAAUUUUGCAUAAGAAAAGAAAAUUACUCUAUGUGCAAGAAGAAGAGGAAAACAGCCCAAUUGAUCUGGAGAAAGAACAAACUUAUAGUGACUUAACUGCAAGAAAAAAUGAUGAUCUGUUUCAUUCGUAUGUCAAAGUUAAUAGUGGAUUGGUGGAGCGUUCAGUCGAAGACACCUCAUCCGAACCAGAUGCAAACUCUCCAAAAGAGAAUGACCCAUAUCCAACGGGACUUAUUCAGUCAAUGGAAGCUAAAGAAGUCAUUGAUGGCGUGACAACAGUGUAUGCUACUGAAGUAUAUGGUACGUUUAUAGAUGGAGCCUACGCACAAAUAGUCCAAAGUGCAGUAAAAGUGUAUUCGGAGACACCAAAUGCUAUUGACAGCAUCAGUAGUAACCUAUCUCCUCAAUCAACAGCAGUUCUUGGUGCUCAAGUACGUACAACACCAAAGGAAAGUUUUCAAAAGGUUGGUCUCUUGUCGUCUUAUAUUAACAGUGAAGUUAAUGAUCAAACUACGACCUUCUACACUACAAAUAUUUACGGAACUUAUGUUGGAGAUAUUUACGCACACAUUGCUCAAACUACAUCUUCAAUUCAAAUGCCAGAAUCCACAGAAAUUCUUUCUUCAACAGGCUUAAUAUCUUCUGCAACUUCUUCUGAAGUUCAUGGAUCUUCUACAACAUUCUGGAUCACCCAGAUAUUUGGAACACAUUUUAAUGGGUUUUAUGCCCAUGUAGCGUCCACAUUUUCUUCUGUACAGAUUUCACCAACAACAACGGAAGAACAGUACAAUAUAGAUACUUUAAAUAGCUUGGAUUAUAGUUCAGAAAAACACGCCAACUUUAAAUCAACUUCCCUUUUACCUUCUUCAGACGAAUUGAUAAAACCAAGCUUCAUAGUGUCAGAUCAUAUUCAUACUAGUCGAGAAAUGAAUACAAACCCUGUUGUGGCAACACCAUCAUUAUCUGGUUAUGAAACAGGACUUUUGUCUUCUUACAUUUCAACUGCGCUGAAUACAGGAGUUACUACUUUAUACACCACAAACAUUUAUGGAACAUACAUCGGUGGAAUAUAUGCUCAGAUUGCUCGAACUACUAGCGAGGUUCAGACACCUACUCCAACAUUAUCCGAUAGUCCCCAGACACAAGUCGUAAAUCCAACAGGCCUACUCUCUUCCUUAGUCAGCAGUGUAGUACAUGAUGAAGCAGUAACCUACUACACAACACAGAUAUAUGGAACAUACAUUGGCGAUUACUAUGCUCAAGUGGCGAAGACUGUCUCUAGGUCAACCGUUCAAACUGUAGAUAAAGAUAGCGAAGCCACAGUUAAGCCAUCUGUAGCGAUUGAAUAUCAAACUGGAUUAAUUUCUUCUAUUGUAAUCAGUAGUGUUCUAUAUAGAGGUACAACAACGUUACACGUAUCAGAAAUAUAUGGCACUUAUAUAGGGGGCGUAUAUGCACAUGUUGCGAAGUCUACGUCAAGGGUGUUACCUGCAGAAAUGAUUACUAGUAACAUUACACCAGAAAAAGUAUCUAGAACCGGAUUAAUAUCUGCCAUCAUAAGUACAGAGUUAAAUGAUGGAACUACGACUCUUCAUACAUCCGAAAUAUAUGGAACGUAUAUUGGCGGAUUUUAUGCCCAUAUCGGAAAAAAAACCUCACAAGUUCUGCCCGAGUCAGAAAUAAGAAGUUCAACUCCUUCUCAAACAGUUGGUGUGAUAUCGUCAAAUGUUAUGACAGAAGUAAACGAAGGUACUACCACGCUUCACACCAAAGAGAUAAUUGGAACGUACUUUAAUGGGCUAUAUGCACACGUAGCACGAAGUACUUCGUCUAUCAUUGAACCGUCAACAAGUGAGCCUACUAGUGAUAAAACAGGCUUGAUUUCUUCUGUGACAUCGAGCGAAAUCCAUGGAACAUUAGCGACUAUAUAUACAAAAGAAAUACAUGGUACAUACUUUAAUGGAUUUUAUGCUCACAUUGCAAAAACGUCAUCACAAGUUGUACCUGUCUCGGCAUAUAACGAAAGAGAAUUAACUAAAACCCUUAUAAGCAGCGAGAGAGCAUUUCCGACAAGAUCUCUAAAGCAAACAGACGAGACAAGCGACAUUAGUCAUAUAUCAUCUCCUCUCCAAUCCACUUUUCUUGAAAACAAUAUAUCAGCACAGUCAGAGAAACAUGAUGCUGGAAGCAAAGAAAAUGACACUAGACUGGAAAAUUCACAAGUGCAAAACACACAGUUUCCCACAAAAAGUCACUCCAGCACCACGCCAUUUGAAGAGUCAGAUGAAAAUGAUACUUCAAGAAUAAUUACCAAAUCUAUAAAUUCUGAUAUAAAUACUUUAGAAUCUUCUUAUGUUCAACCAGAAAUAAAAGUCGAAUAUAAGGGCAACAAUCAAACUAUUACUAAGAAAAAACAACAUGAAGAAAAAACUACUACUGAGAAUUUAGAGUCUGAGGAAAAAGACAGUGCUAAGGUUACCACGCAAAGUUCAGGGCCUUUCAUUCAUUUUCCAUCAUUAGUGAGAGGUACUGAAGGUACUGAUAAUGAAGAGGCCAAAGAUAAGGCUGAAGAUUAUGAUUACAUAGAAGACAGUAGAAAUGAAUCUUUUGAUUCAGAGGGAAAAGGUAGUCCAGAAAGUAAAGACGACUUUCUCGAAUCGUUUGAUGAGUCUACUGAUAAAUAUACAGAUAUUGAUUUGGCAGAUGUCAAAAUAAAAAAAGAUAAUGAUUACUAUGAAGAUUAUUAUGAUAAUUACGAUGACGACAUCUCACAAAAUUCAAAACGUAAGAACAAACAAACAAAGGAAAGGACCAGAACUUUUCAUUUGAGUCAAAGUAGAUCACAAACAUCAGGAAAAACAGGUGACAAAUCUAAUAAUAUAUCCACAUCAAAAAUACAAGUUAAUGAUAAUACGGAGAGUCAUGAUUCAACUGAAGAUCAUGUGCCACAAAUCAGAAUCAGACCAUUUCGACAAAGAAAAAGGCCGUCGUUCGUCCUCCCCACAAGACCAACUCACAAACCUCCUUCUUUUAACAUUAGGUUUAGACGUCCAAUAUUAAGUCGCCGAAUAGACGAUGCUGAAGAAGAUAUUGACGAACAGGAUGCUAAUUAUACAGAAAAUGAUGAAGAUGAAGCUUACACAAGUCCUUUACCAUCUUUUCGAUCCAGAUUUAGAACUCAAGGACAAAGAAGGAAAAACAGUUUUCAAUUUCGAACUCGGUUGUCAGAGUCUAGAUUAAACCAUUUUCCUUCAAACAAUAGGCGAUCAACUUUUAGUUCUCAACCACAAGCAGAAGAAAGAUCUGACUAUGAUGAUUCUUAUCUUGAAGAAGACAAUAUUACCGAAGAUUAUGAAUAUGCAGAUGAUAUUGAAGAAAAUAGUUCACUAGACAGGGAAAAUCGUUUUCGUCCUUUAAGAUCAACCCUAGGGCCCAGAAGUGGACGUCGCUCAAGAUUAUUUGGAAGGAGAAAUGCUGCAAGAUUUGGAAGACGAUCUCGUCGAAAAGAAGAAAAAGACAUUGAGGAUGAAGAGCUGGACGAGAAACCAAAUCAUACUCGUAAUGCUAGAGUUCGUAUAAGAAGGCCAAAGGGCAGACGUUCAAGAAACCGAGGGCAGUCAUUGAGAAGUUCUUUUAAUGCAGUGAGCAAAGAAAACCCAGAUGAAGAAGAUCGAAGAGAGGUGAGAUUCCGGGGACAACGGCGACGUCCAACUUUUGAUCCACGAUCGUGGAGAAAAACCUUACCUGAGACCAGUACUUCGUCUAUAGUAACGCCCACACAAACGCCGGUUACUGUAACUUCUGUUAUCACAACCGUUAAAAUACUGCCAAUCUACCAUGGAUUUAAGACAUCUUAUGCAACAUUGACUACUACAACCUUUGGGAGUAGUGUUAUUCCACCAUCGGAAUAUUCUGCUGUCACUUCGGAUGGAAUUACAAAAACAAUUUAUUCCUCGAAGACAAAUGUACCUGAUAUUAAUGGACCAACAGAUCAGCUUCAUACCGUUAUAACCGAGAUUCUUAUAACGACAUCACCUUGGGAAUCAACACAUUUAGUAACCUUAAAAAUUGGUUAUAGUACAAGAACAGAUACAAUAACAGACACUCGGAUUCUAACUACAUUGUCGACAAUUCUCAGCACUAUUGCUCCAGAAGCAAGUGCUCCCUCUGCUGCCCAACAACAGUUUCCACUUCCCUUUUAUCAAGGAAUUUCUCCGAAUUCGGUUAGUUACAUAACCUCAUCUAGCUCUUUUGUAACUAAAAAGCCUUUUGUUUCAACCAGAAUUUUGCCUUUGGUCAUUAGAGGAAGAACGAGAUACCGUACUCUAACAACUACAACUUUUUCAGAGACUACAAUUGUGACAACGACAACUAUUCCGGUUCCUCAAGCCCAAGUUCAAACACAUGCACCAAUGGUUCAACAACCAUAUUUUCCAUUUCCUCAGUUAACAACCGAACUGACAUUUUACGUUUCAGGUGCUGAUGGACAACUGAAACCUGUUGUGACGCAGGUUGCAGUCCCCUUUUAUCAACAACCCGUCUUACAUACAAAAGUUGCUAGAAGCUUGCAAACACAAGUCAGCUGGUUUGCCACUAAAACACCAGAUGGUUACCAAGGAUUUACAAAUACUGUUUACAAAGAGAAGGAUGAUACUCAAUACAACAUUUUGUUAAGCUCAGGUUUGGAAGGUGUAAGCUACAUGUCGGACCUAACCGAUACCACGCUUCCUACAGAAAUGCUGAAAUCUUCCUACAUCAGUGCUUAUAAGGUUUCAGAUAUUGAUUUUACCACUAUAUUUAAAGGAAAACUAACAGAAGUCUAUGAAGCAUCUGCUGUAGUGAAAGAUAGUGGACAAAAAAGUAAUAGUGAUGAAGAAGAGUUGCUUAAUGAUAUAAAAUCAGAACGUUCUAUAAGUGAUAUAGAAAAGGAGUAUGGUCUUGGUUUACGAUUCAAUCUCAGAAAAUUACACCAGUUUUUGGAAGACGAUGAACAAAUCAGAACUUCUGAUGAAGAUUUAGAUACAUAUGCUGAAGUAUUUCUUGAUGAUUAUGAUGAGAGAAGAAGAGUUUUUGGAAAGAAGAAAAACCAGGAUGACAAAACAUCUGGUGAGUAUCAAAGUAAUCAAGAUUUUGACGUAAGGCCACAGGUGGGUGGUAAAAGAUUACAUAAUGGUUUGUCUCCUGUCGCAGCUCUUCCUCAGUCGUUACCUCAGUCAGACACACAUAUAUCUUUUCAGGGUUAUAAAGUCAGUGAUGCUGAUUCAAUUAUCGAUUUAUUAUCAAAUGUAGGUUUAGAAGAAAAAAAUGGGGGUAAUGAAAGCAAUGACCGAACACGUUUUUCUGGCUUCGAAAGAGUAAUAAAAGUGACUGACAAACUUAAAAAGGGUAUUCUUAGAGAUGUUACUAACGGACAGGACUUAAAACGUUCAGUCACCAGAAACCUAGUAACACGACAAUUUUCUCUGGUAGGUACAGCACCUGGAGAGGAAGGGUUUGGCAGGAGGCUACCAAAGGAUGGUGCAGAACAGGCAGAUGAACAAGAAUCAGAUGGAACUACGGAAGAAAAGGAUGAAGAUAGGAGAGAUAGCCUCACAAAGCGUAGGAGAGUUAUUAUUCGGAAACUAAGGCCAUUGACAAACGUACCUAGAGGACAAACACAUCAGAAUGCGAAUGGAUUACGACGGACACCUGUGGUGGUCAGACGGAAAAGACCACGACAGAAUUUUUCCAAUUUAGAAAAUAUCAAAGAAAAUGAACAAAAGUUGGGUAAUUCUGCCUUGAAUGUUAAUAAUGAAGAAGGAAAUGAUGAUGUAGAAGUAUCACAAAUUCAUCCAGGAACAUUUCAAGAAACGAAAGAAGGGAAGCCAGGUGUCAAAGCUGCUAGUACUGAAAAUGUUGUAAACGAUAACUCGGAAGCAGUGCGUCGUAUAAUUCGCAUAAGAAGGCCUGGGAGUGGAAAAAAAAGAAAAGUAGUUGUGACAAAAAGGCCUGAUGCUGUACAACCAUCUCGCAUCUUAGGUUCACUGCAGGCGCGAGGUCCUAUUAAUAACGAUGAUGUAGAAAACCAAGAACAGAAAAAUGCUCUAGAUUCAGAAUUAAAGCCUGCACUGACUCAGGGUGUAUCCGAUAUAAAUGUUAUUAAUAAGAACAGCUUAUCUCCAUUAGGUUUCAUCACGAACGCUGAGAAUUUGUAUUCAAAAUUAAUUCCAUUUACUUAUUAUACCACGUACACAUACUUUACAACCUUUCUCCACGGCACAGACACUAUAUAUACCAGCCGCGAGACUGUUCUUUCCAGCGUCUUCUCUCAAGUUCCUGACUCUGACGUGGUAAAGGUUAUACAGAGUAACGGUGGAUAUACAGUACCAGCCAAUGGCUAUACUACAAUACCGCUAGGUUCUAGAACAGGGGGAGGAGCCACAACAAUCGUCCAUUUAGGAUCACGACUACAGAUAUUCAACAGUGACAUAUACCGUGGAGUCUUCCAAACGACUUCUGUGGAUUCUCCUGGAAAUCAAGGAAAUUCAAACUUAAAUCUUCACCACGAAAAUUUGGAAAAAAUAGAACUAAAUGCUCUAGCAUCGCUUCCGAAAACAUAUUUUACGCUUUUCACAUAUUUUUACACAUUUUAUGAUGGCCUAAGUACAAGGCAAUCAGUGCGCGCGGAAACCGUCACUAAUAUAGUGUCUAAGAGUGAGCCGUUUUCGGCAGAACUAUACUCAAGCACAAUCAACAGUGCUGGUUUCUUGACUAUUGGGCCAGUGAGCCGUGUUGUGAAUCUAGGGUCCAGAAAAGUGGGUGGUACCACUACAGAGGUAAACAUUGGUCUUAAAACAUUACUACAUUUUGAUGGCAUCAGUAACGUUGUUAUUGAACAGAUCCAUGAAACAACCUCCUUUAGUCCAUCAGACUCAGAAUCAUUGCAUUUACCCACAAGACUUGCGGAGAAGGAGCUGGGGUCAUCUUAUACCACAAGACUUGCGGAAAAUGAGUUGGAGUCAUCUUAUAAUUAUCAUUCAUUGCCAAUAAACCCAACAGAAUUGCAACCAUCUUACGCUUCAGCAAGUGAAUUUAUUUCACCAGAGCCAGAUGGUUCAUUUGAUAAUGCAACACCUGAAAUAUCUUUAGAUAAUACAGUAGAAAAUGAUGGUGAAACUAGUAAACCACGCGUACGUAUUUUGACUUCCUUAGUAAGGCGCCCUCCUUAUUCAUUGAGAAGCCGUAUAUUUAGUCCAAGGCCUGGAGUAGUUGUCAGAGUAAGAUCUGGACCAUCAAGAAGCAAAGAAAGACCACAAUCAAGAAGACCUAUAACUUAUCUUCAAACAUCCCAAAGUCCAGAACUUGCAAGUAGCCUUAGUUAUUCUGAAGAAAGCGACAUAGUUGAAAAUCCAUCUCUAACUCUGUUGUCUUCAUCUAUUGACAUCAUCUCUUCUAACUACGACAGUGAUGUUAACCUGGAAGAAGGUGACGAAAUAUUGUCGACUCCUACUUUGUCGUUGUCUACAGAUGGUAAUUUAGACAGUAUUAAUUCAGAGAAUCAGCAAAACGACCUCCAAGAAACUCCAGACGUACUUGAUGAACAAGGAAGACCUACUCGAAAACGGUUGACAAUAACGGUUCGGAGGCCCUUUGGGGCUGGAAGAAUUAGCAGAACUAAUACAAGAUUCGUUCUGCCUUCAAAACUUGAUAUCACAAGUCGACCACGCUACUAUGUUGUUACAAGAACAGGACCUCGUGGAGUAGUCGCUCCUUCUCGACGACCGUACACUGUGAAAGUCAGCCGGCGUCUAAGACCUACUAUUUCUACUGAAGAGCUUAAGUCAUCCGGACCGGUUACCGUAAAAUAUGAAACCUAUACCACAUUUACUUCGGUCCCAGUUAUCUUUGGUUUGGAAACUAGCUUUAGGAGUGUUCUUCUGACCGCUUCUUCUGCUGUUGUUGUGCCACAAAAUUCUCCACAACUUAGCCUGGAUACUGCCACCAUCCAGCCUACUGAAACGAUCCUGGUUACCUUCUACACCACCACCACCUUUACAGUUCCCUAUACUGUUGGAAGUCAGACGUUAUACACUACAGUAGAACAGACCAACUCCCGAGUCGUCACCCAAACCUAUGAUCAUCCAAAUGCCGUCAGUUAUCCGACUGUUACCAGGGAUGCGAUCUCGCCCGAGCUGUCCAGUAGUAUUUUAGCGUCAACAAGUGUGGAAUUAGGAUUUGGUGGACCUACCACUCAUGUAGUUUCCUCAGGAAAUGACGGAAGCAAAGCCACAACGAUCUUGUAUCCAGGUCCGGUAGGUGGCAUUGCGGGUAUCAAGGUCAUUUCAACAUCACCUGACGGGUUCGUUGAGACAUCCGUAAAUGGUGUGAUACCAAGUGUCGUGACUUCAGAUUACCAGUCGACUCGCCAGACAUUACCACCAGUUGAAGUUGUGGCCCCACAACAAGGAACUGGUCAUCAAGUCAGCCGUUCUUUGGUUACAAGAGUAUCCGAUGGAGUAACUUUGAUCGUUGCUAGUGAUGCUGAUGGAGAGACUAUACAGUAUCAUGAUGAAGACAGCUCUCCUGUAACCCUGCAACCUACUUUGUUGACAGAUGUUGUCUUCAUGAAGGACCCAUCUUACUCGGUGGUCUACGACACUAGGACAUUUUAUACCACGUACACCUUCUUUACGACCCUUUUCUCGGAUACUACGUCCAUUAUUUCAAGUUCGGAACAAGUUGUAUCCAACGUGAUAACUGUGCCUGUCACCAGGCCUGCCUUGGCUAAUACAUUCUCACCUACGAAUAUCCCUGCAGUGUCCCCCACCCCGUCUGUAAUCCUGGAAACUAGUGAAAAACUGGUUACCAGUACUGUAUAUAGGACUUCAACUUUCUAUGCGACUUUGUUUAAUGGCACGAGUUCGUUUGUGUCUCCUAUAGAAGAUGUCCGUUCCGAUGUCUACACUAUUACAGAGCUUAUCACACUCACCAAAUCCAUGGAGUCUACAUCAGAAGAUGAAUUGACACCUUCCUCUACUGUCUCUCCACCACCCAUCUAUUCCACCUUCACCGACUACACCACUUUCACGAAUUACGUUACACUUUUCCAAGGUGACUCGUCAGUAAUCUCAAGUCUAGAAGAGAUCACUUCUAAUGUUUACACUGUCACUCUACCGGGACUACGACCCAGCACAUCUGUCUCAACAAUAUUGAGCAAAGAUGUCCGUCCACUAGUUACAGUGUAUACCACCAGAACACUUUACACUACAGACACUCACUACAUCACCCUCUUUAGUGGUACUGAAACUGUACUAUCGUCUAUAGAAGAGAUUGGUUCCAAACUUCUCACAGAAACUUUGCUUCGACCAUUUAGCGACUCCUCUAGUUAUACGGACGUUGUUACAACUGUAGCCACUGAUAGUAUUUCACCAGAACUCAGAACCUCUAUCAAUGCAUCACGAACAGUACCAGAAGAGACUCCAACCAUUCAGUUGGUGUCUUCACUUCAGAAGUUUCUCACAACUUUUACAUAUUUCACUACUCUUGUUAGUGGUCCUAAUACAAUUAUCUCUACCAGGCAGGAAGUUUCUACUUCUUAUAUUACUCUGUUUGUGCCAUAUACAAGCCACCCCGUAUCGACAGUGGAGACAGAAACUCUUUCUGUUACACCAAUUACUACGUACUCCACUUCUACUGAGUACACAACGUAUACUUUUUACACGACACUCUUUAGUGGUGAGGACAAGGUUACUAUAUCAAGUAAACAAGUUAUUCCUCGAGUGAUUACAGAAACAAUUACAAUCACACCAACACCAACAUCUUCUACAUCAGUAUCAACCACUGAGGAUAUCCUAUCAAAACCCGUGUCCAACAUUGACAGCACCCUGACUUUCUUCACUACGUACACUUACUACACUACAUUUGUUCAUGGAGACAAUACUGUUGUAUCCUCUAGUCUCCGAGCAGUAACCCAAUAUGUUACUGUAGAGCCUACAUCUCCACUGGCUUCUCAGACAUCGCUAGAUUCAAGUGUUCUUCAUACUCCAACAGUUUCUUCAGACAUUGAAAUUGCAGAACCAUCAAUAGACGAUUCAACCUCGAUUGCAACAGUCAUUGCGACUUCUUCCAUUAUACCAACUACUUCUGAGCUUGAUGAAGUAAACAUCGUAACGAUUGUGUCCAGUAAAGUUUCCACUUCGACUGCCACCAAGUUGCCUGAAGAAAAGCUAACACGGACAUCUGCGGUUGUGAACAUAGGGUCAAAUACCGCAGUAGAGAGCUCUAUAAAUCUAGAAACAACACUUGCAGUAGAGACUAGGGUAGCCGUGAACACAAAAGUGUCUAGUAAAAUAAAUACAGGCUCUCCACAGCAGGAAGUUGUACAAGUCAAUAGCUCAGGUUUCGAUCAAGAGAAGGUUGACUCUACAUCUGCAUUAGAAUCAUCAGUUAGUUUAAUAGUUCUCAGUAGUGUUGCUAAAUCACAAACACCUGUUUUCUCUUCCUCACUUCCUGAAAGUAGUGUAAUUUUCGCAGUUGAUAAAGAAAUGACAGAAGCCACUGUAACUUCUUCUAUUUUGAGUGGUACAUCUACAACUGUCGUUGAUGGCUCAACUGUAAUAUUUUUUACAGACUUUAUCCUUCCUGCUGUACCACUGUCUUCUUCAACAACUAGUGACUUAACUUCCGACAUUAUUAGCCCAAGCUCUGGGGAAGAUCCUGAGAGUAGUGAUUUAGUAUCUGAAUUGUCCAGUUCUUUACUAAGUAGCGAUAUUUUCCCCGUAACUUCUACUUUCGUUUUAAGUGAAGAAACGAUUUUUAUUGGGUCGAAUAAUAUAAGUACAACAGUGUCUCCAAAUAUGACACUGUACAUGGUUACUGGUAUAGACGGCGAGAAGACGAGAUUCACAGAUGUUGAAUUGACAGCUGUUGUUACUCCAACAGAAAUACCCGAGAGUGAAGGACCAGAAGGAGACAGUGAUAUUAAACCAGGAUCUGUAAUUGAACUUUCUGAUUUGUUGGGAGGGAAUGCUAAUAUAGGAAAUAACCUUGCAGAAGCUGUAAAGGGCAUUGUUCAUUUGUUUGCAGGAAGUGCUAAGAAUGAUACAAAAGGAAAUUCUGAAAUCAAAGCCACUGACAUCUCGAAGCCGGCGCCUUUACCUCCAACAGAAGGAGUUACUGUUAGUAAUGCGGAAGAGCCUGUUUACAUACCUAUAGGAGCUAUAGGUAAGACCAUCAAACCAUCCCAACCAGUACCUGUUUAUCCAGGAACAGAAAUACCAAUUGAAAGACUUGAAUCAGUUAGUGUCACUGAAUCAAAACCUAUUGAUCACGGAUUACCUUCUUCCAUUUUUACAAGUAAAGACAACGUACAACCUAGGGUUCCUCUAAUUAGUGACAUUUUUAAACCUGGAACCCUAAUAACUGGAUUCACACCUCUCUCUGAAAGUGAUAACACGAAAGAUACCAGCAUCGCUCCUACAGUUAAAACAGAAGUACUUACAGGAGUAAGAACCAUAUUUAUUGAACCCACAGAAGUAGAACAAAGUGAUGAUGUUUCUUCUGUGAAAGAAGUUACUGAAAGCUCAGUUCCAGUGUUCUCUGAUACUCUCAGAACUUUAAGUGUUGAGCCCAGUCUUAAAAGCAUCAAACUUAGCAUCAAACCUACUAUACGCACCUCUGUCAUUGUUGGAGCUAAAACAGUAUUUUUGGGAUCUCCUACUGGACGACAACCAGACCAGGACACAAAUGAAGACUCUACUAUUGUUGAUGCACCAGUCUUAGAACCCUCGACACGCUCCUCUACAUUUGUCAAUGUUCAGACAAUAUUUAUUAAUGAUGAUGGUCAACUUUCAACUUCAGCCAAAAAUUCAAAGACCUUAAUAAUAUCAGCAUUGGAUUCUGGAAUGUCUUCAACACCAUUACUUCCAAAAGUCAUACCGAGUGGCAGUGAGGACUACACUACACAGACAAAAGAUGGACAAACUAUUAUAAGAAAAACUUCAGUGGGAGAAGAAACCAUUUUCUUUCCUUUUACCACUGACACUUCGGAGAUUACUGUAACUGAAACAAACACCAGAUAUCUUACCAGUGUGGAGUCUACUACUAGAACACUCACUCUGACAACCACCAAGAUCUAUUACACACGUGACAGCCCUUUGACAAUCACAUCCAUAUUUACCACAACUAUACCACCAAGGACGUUUGUGUCCACGAUCAUAGGAAGUAGAACGAUACUGGGUACCCUACCAGAACCAACCGAAGCUGUAAAAUUUGAUUAUUCUUCGAUGCCAUCAGAAUCUACUACCACAGUAACUACGACAACGCUGAUUUUCAACUCGAUCACCACCACGGUGGUUCGUACAUUAGUUAUUCCCACUCGUGCUGUCAGACCAACAGAAACAACCCGUUCUCAUGUUAAAACAAAAUCGACUGUACUCAAUGCAGGGACUGAAACGCCCCCUGCCCCUCCAGAAUCUGCAGAUAGCACAUCGAUUUCUGAUUCCAGAGACCAGUUAAGUGGCAAUAGGCUGCUAUCAUUUGACUCUGGCACUAGGGACCAACUAGAGCGUAAUAAACUACCAAAAUCUGAUCCACCUACUAGUGGAUUCAACUCUACUGUAGUUCAUAACAAAAUAUCGUAUUCUUUACCACCCACUCCCAAUCAGCGUGCAAGUUCUUCACAACAACCCGGUAAUCUACCAACAGUUCCUACACCUCGAUCACAACAACCCGGUAAUCUACCAACAGUUCCCACACCUCGGUCACAACAACCCGGUAAUCUGCCAACAACUAGGUCGAAGGAAAACGUAAGAGGGCAAGGAAUUGGUCGACCAGAGAUUGAUGGCUGUUUCCCUGAAUGUGAUGUAGAUAAUCAAGAAAUUUGUAAGAGAAUCAAGAACAUGUGGUCAUGCCAAUGUAAGCCUGGGUAUUCCCGUAAGAAAGGAAAUCAGUUCUGUGAAGCGACCAAGAGCUACGUAAUGUUGGUUCGAGUGGUGAAACUUGGAAGAUCCUCUGUGAUCUAUAACUCGUCUCUUUCGAACACAGACUCCCAGGAAUAUCGGAACUUUGCUCACAUGGUUCAACAAGGGAUUGACUUAGCUUAUGCAGCUAGUGAAGUACGACCAAAUUACGUCAGAGCUGACGUCAAUGGAUUUACAAAUUCUGCCGGAAUUAGUAAUCUAGAUUCACCACGUGAAGGAUUACUCGUGAACCUGACGGUUUCUGUAAAUCGAAAUUCCGCUGUGGACGAGAAUGUGCUAAAAGACGAAUUCAUUCGAUCUUUGAGGAAAUCCGAUAACAGGGUGGGAGGAACAGACUUGUACGUUCAGGCAGUCGAGGAUGUACAAGAUUUUGACGAAUGUAGUGACGAAAACUACAACGACUGCGCAGGCUCGGCAAUCUGCACGAACUUACCAGGGACGUACACAUGUAGUUGUAAGAAAAAUUACGAUGACCUGGACCCUGAUUUACCCGGUCGUGUUUGUUCAGGAGAGAUAAGUAGUUGUGAAUAUUGUAAUGGUCGUGGCGACUGUAUCAUCACAGAUGAUGGCUUUAGGAUCUGUAGGUGCCACCAUAUGUAUUUAGGCCGACAAUGCGAGAUCAAUGGACUCGUGCUGGCAGUUGUGCUACCAAUUGCUGUUAUCAUACUGAUUCUACUCACCUGUUGUGCAUUUUGGUGCUGUCGACGGUGGCGCCGACGACGACAAGCAAAAGCAAAAAAUACAGCCAUGAUGCGAGCUAUGGGACUAACGAACAGCACACCGGUGGAUGGGACGUUAGACAGAAAAGCCAUGAUAAUUGACUCUUCUAGCGACAGCAGCGGAGAACACGGACCACGCCCACCAUAUGCUUUUGAUGGUCCCUAUCAGCCGGAAAGUGGGGACUUAACGCCAAAGAAGGGCAGUAAAAAGAGUGAACUCAGUCUCGAUCGUAGCUUGUCUACAGGCUUUACUGUACCUCCAGUCGCCAUCCCUCGCGCCAUUCACCGCCAUCCGAAACAGGUAAACUACGCCGUCUAUAACGGUCAGGUAUUUGUGUGGUGAUACUGGAUGGCUCACCAUUAUGUCCAGUUUUGUGUCACCGAAGACCAAAUGGUAAAAAACCAAUUGAAGACAUCGGGGAGUCGCAUGUGUAACCACGUGGUUUUAUAUUCAUGAAAAUAUUAAGGUUUAACAUGACAGCGAGUCUAUGCUCAUUUGUUAUACGGACUUGUAUUAUAUGCAAUUGUUAAAAACGUUUAAUGUUAAAAACUUUAUUUGUAACGUUAGAUUUGUAAUAUUAGUAAGAGCAACCACGUAACCCAUGUUUUGUAAUUCUCAGUGCCAGAUAUGGGUCUUUACAUAAGAGAUAAAAGGUAAUCAGAAGGUUAAUACAAUUCAUUAUAUGUUACGUGUAUAUUUGUAUAGUUAUAACACUCGCUAUGUUGUACUUGUUUAAGAACAUUAAUAAAGUUAUUUUUUAUUUUAUUGAAAAAACACA